AGUGUUGCUAGCAGAAUAGUAGUGCAGCUUCCUACAUAGGGUUUUCAUAAAAAAAUAACCAUGGCGGCCACAGAAAUAGCUAGGCAAGCGGGAGAAGGUGCUCGUGCCGUCCCUCUAGCCGGCCAUGUCGGCUUUGAUAGCAUGCCCGACCAGCUGGUCAACAAGUCUGUCAACCACGGCUUCUGCUUCAACAUCCUCUGUGUCGGGGAAACGGGCCUGGGCAAGUCCACUCUUAUGGACACCCUGUUCAACACCAAGUUCGAGGGCGAGCCCACCCAGCACAACCAGCCGGGCGUGCAGCUCAAGUCCAACACAUACGAGCUCCAGGAGAGCAACGUGCGCCUCAAGCUGACCGUGGUCAACACUGUGGGCUUCGGAGACCAGAUCAACAAAGAGGACAGCUACAAGUCUAUUGUUGAGUUUAUCGACACCCAGUUCGAGGCCUAUCUGCAGGAGGAGCUGAAAAUCAAGCGCACGCUACACAGCUACCACGACACGCGCAUCCACGCCUGCCUGUACUUCAUCGCGCCCACCGGACACUCCCUCAAGUCCCUGGACCUGGUCACUAUGAAGAAACUGGACAGCAAGGUCAACAUCAUCCCCAUCAUCGCCAAAUCAGACGCCAUCUCCAAGAGCGAACUGACCAAGUUCAAGAUCAAGAUCACCAGCGAGCUGGUCAGCAAUGGCGUUCAGAUCUACCAGUUCCCCACCGACGACGAGACGGUGGCAGAGAUCAACUCCACCAUGAACGGCCAUUUGCCGUUCGCCGUUGUGGGCAGCACGGAGGAGGUAAAGAUCGGCAACAAGAUGGUGAAAGCGCGGCAGUACCCCUGGGGAACGGUGCAGGUGGAGAAUGAGAGCCACUGUGACUUUGUGAAGUUGCGGGAGAUGCUGAUCCGGGUGAACAUGGAGGACCUGCGGGAGCAGACACACACGCGCCACUAUGAGCUCUACCGCCGCUGCAAGCUGGAGGAGAUGGGAUUCAAGGACACGGACCCCGACUGCAAACCCUUCAGUCUGCAGGAGACGUACGAGGCCAAGAGGAACGAGUUCAUGGGCGACCUGCAGAAGAAGGAGGAGGAGAUGAGGCAGAUGUUCGUCCAAAGAGUCAAGGAAAAGGAAGCCGAACUGAAGGAGGCCGAGAAAGAGCUGCACGAGAAGUUUGACCGGCUCAAGAAGCUGCACCAGGAUGAGAAGAAGAAGCUGGAGGACAAGAAGAAAUCCCUGGAUGACGAGCUCAACGGCUUCAAGCAGAAAAAGACGGCCGCCGAGCUCCUGCAGUCCCAGGCCCAGCAGGCAGGGGGCUCAACCACACUCAAGAGGGACAAGGAGAGGAAAAAUAAUCCCUGGCUCUGCACUGAGUAGGUGCUUCCACCCUCAAGCUUUGCUAAGGGACCAGGCUUUGUGGGUAGCGGGUACCCCAAGGCUGAGGAGAGGCAUUGUGAACCCACCCUUCUGGGUUUAAAAAAACAAAAACAUUCAUCUGCUUUAUGUAUUAACAAAAGGAUACUCCUAUCUGUAUUUCAUUGCUGCUCUAUGUGCUCACUCUGGCUAAAUCUGUCUUUUGCGUAUGGUUAUGCUUUUUUGUCAUGUCGUGUUCUUGCUGUGCUGACUGACUAAUAUCCCCAUUUGCUUUUUGCUUCUGUAGGGAUAGAUAUUUUCUGGACAGUUUUUGUUGUGCACUUCUUGGUAGUUUUUCCAUCAUUUGUAGGUUUAAGAUUGUCUGUUUGAUUUAUUAACUGACACUGAAUACCUUUUUUUUGUAUUUACAGAGGACAUAAUAUCUGCUGCAAGCAGUUCUCAUAAGCAAUUGAUUCAAUGUUUUAAAUCCGUAUUAUGCUCAAAUUGAAUUGGUCAGCUCAAGUACUGUAGUAUUUUAUUAUAUGAGUAGUUAUUUUUAGCUUACCACACAGACAUUGCAUUUGGAACAGAGUUAGUGUCAUUUGAAGUACAGUAGCAACUAUACAUGCGUUAGGAAAACCCAAAUACGUACUGUCUUCCCUCCCAAAAUGUCAGUAAUCCUUCUGGUAGGCACUGUUGCUCUCCCUGACUGCUUGGGCAUCUCUUGUAACCUUGCAUUUGUCUCCUUUCUCUCUAGCUUCUUUUAAUCUGUCUUGGCCACCUGUCUGAAGAGGGGAUUGCAGCUUCAACAAGAACUAAGCACCCAUUUCCUCUUCCUGUCUUUUCUCACUGCAUCAACCUUUUUUUAACUUCCAUCUCAUCUGCUUUGUUGAACAUGGCCGUAUGUGGACUUCACAUGGUAUUUUUUGGAUAGUUUACCUUUUGCCACCUAAUCAAGGUACACUUUGGCAAGUGGGAGUCCUUCACUGAUAAUAUUUUGCAGAUCUGUCUUGGUGUAUGAAUGAACAAAGCUUUGUUCAGGUGCUCAGGUAGGAUUCUAAACAGUUGUUCAAGAGAAAAACAUUAAACCAAUAGUUUCAUCAUACCAUAUGUGGCAGAGCCAAGGCUCCUGAUUAAUUUAUAUUUUGCAUAAAACUAUCAGAACUUAAUUGACAGUACAUUUUAAGAAAGUCUUUAUGUAAUAAUGUUCAAUCAUAUAUUCAGUCUAUUUUGAGAAGGACUGUUUUGAAAUAACCACUAUUACAAAUUAUUUACAAUGACGGCCUACCCCGGCCAUAGCCUAACCCGGACAACGCUGGGCCAAUUGUGCGCCGCCCUAUGGGACUCCCAGUCACGGCCAAUUGUGAUACAGCCUGGAAUUGAACCAGGGUCUGUAGUGACACCUCUAGCACUGAGAUGCAGGGCCUUAGACUGCUGCACCACUCGGGAGCCCCUAUGAAUACAAAUGGCACAACCCUCAAUAAAGCACUGAUAAAGCCGACAUAUUCAAUUGGUGAUUGAUAGUGUGACGUCUUGCGUGUGAGUAGUAUAAACUUUUGUCAAUACGGAUUUAAAAACCAUAGGACAAUUGCGAUCCAAAUAAAUACAGUAUUCUUUGUUCACUGCAUAGGUUGUUUCAUUGGAACUUAGAAGAGCCAAAGACAUGUUCAUGUCAAGCACUUAUUUAGUGAAAUCACCUUUUCCGUACUGAAAUACCAUGUAGGUCACAUUUAAUGCGCUUUACGCAUUGUGCUUUAACUAACAUCAGUCUAUUCUGUAUAUUGCAUGUCUUAUGCUCUUUUUUUUUAUUUCAUCACCUCUGUGAUCUUGACCUUUUCCCCAUUGUAGUUUUCUCCCCUAACAGUUCCGUUUUGCACUCUUUCACAUUUGAUGCUCUAUUGUUUGGACCAGUUUUAUCUUGUGUAUUACUAGUUGUUAUGUGCAGUUAUACCCCUCUCCACAAUUUCCGGCACCCAUAUUGCCAAAUAUUACAAUGAGAUGGAGUUGAAUCCUAGAUACAGAUAGAUACUCAUGCAUUUGUAUAAUUUAUAAGGAUAUAUUUUGUGUAUGGAAGUGGAGACCUGUUUAUGAAAUAUGAUCUUUGGACGUGACUCUUCUCUCUGUGUAAAGUUACAUUUUGGUGUAAGAAAUUGCCAUACAUUUUUCUAGCAUCUGCCAUAAUCACCCCUCCUAGUCAAUUACCUGUCCACACCACAAAUUAAUGAUAUAAUAUGUGAUUGUAGUUUGAUUCCAUUUAUGUACAUUUUCAAUAAAAUUAUGAUGAAAAA